AUGUAUAAAGGAGUAAAUAAAUGUUUUUUAAAAUCCAAAUACGUUAUCAAUUGUUAUGCUUUUUCCUCUUCACAAAUACCAAAACCUAGAAAAUUUUUAGAUAAAAUACAGAAUUACAUAGAAAUUAUUCAAUCAAGAUAUGAAGAUGUUGUAGGAUUAACAACAAUAAAAAAAAUUCAAAAUGAUGUAAUGGAAAUGGAGAAAGCAUUAAUAGAUGCUCAACUGAAACGACAAGGGCUUCAAAAUGAACUAGAUGAUUUACGUACCAAAAUAAAACAUGUAACAAUAGAAAUGGAAAAAACACCUCGUGGCCAUGAUGCAUAUUUAAAAUUAAUAACAGAGGAGCAUUCAUUAUUAAAAUUGGAAACACCCUUACAAAAACAAUUUAAUAUUGCUGUUGACAUUGAAAAAAGUACAUUUGAAGAGUUAUCAAGAAGAGUGCGUCAUUCUCAUGAAAAAGAAAGAGAAAGAGUUGAAAAAACAAGAUUUUUUUCACUUUUUUGUACAUGUAUAGGAACUGGUGUUGGAAUUUUUGGUAGUAUUAUAAUUGAUUAUAUUAAAAAUAAGAGGUUGAAAGAUUUAUAUGGAGAAUCUGGAAAAUUAAAACCUUUAAUAACUGAUAUUUCAAAUAAAAUUGAUAAAGUUUAUCUUAAUCAUGAUAGCGAUGAAUCAAAAAAAUUUACAGAACAAAUAGUUCAAUUGGAAAAUAUAUAUAGAAAAAUGAAUGUUUUGUUAACUGGUAUUUUAAAUAACAUUAAUAAAGUUAAUCAUGAUAACAAAAAUGAUGAAAUAAAAAAAUUUGCAAAACAAAUAGUUCAAAUGGAAGAUAUGUAUAAAGAAAUGAACGUUUUGUUAACUGAUGUUUCGGAAAAAGUUAACAAAAUUAAUGUUAAUCAUGAUAACAAAAUUGAUGAAAUAAAAAAAUUUGCAAAACAAAUGUUUCAAUUGGAAGAUAUGUAUAAAAAAAUGAACGUUUGGUUAACUGAUGUUUCGGAAAAAGUUAAUAAAUUUAAUGUUAAUCAUGUUGACAAAAUUGAUGAAAUAAAAAAUUUUUCAAAACAAGAAGUACAAUUGGAAGAUAGGUAUGUAGAAAUAAAAGUUUUGUUAACUGAUGUUUUGAAUAAAAUUAAUACAUUGAAUAUUAAUUAUAAUAACGAAAUUGACCAAAUAAAGAAAUUUGAUGAGAAAAUAAUUCAAUUAUUAGAAUCAUAUAGUGAGAAAGUUAAUACAAUUGAUUAUCUAAAAAGUGAAUUUGUCAAAAGCAUAAAUGCUUUAUUAGAAAUGUUUAAACAAAACAAUGAUAAGAAUAUUAUAAUUAAUAAGUUACAAAAUAUGGGAUCUAAUCUAGGUAUAGUUGAUACUGAACAGCCAUCAAUUAUUUCAAAAAUAAUUAAAAUUUCCAUGUAUACGUUUGCUGCGUUAGUUUCGUUAGUUGCAGUAUUUAUUCUUUUCCUUUGA